AUGUUGCGGCGAGCCACCAAGGCCUGUCCUUUUUGCGAGGUGCGGGCGUUGCUGGGUCCACCAACGGGAAACCUCAUCCAAGCCCGUCUGUACACCCAAUUGCAGCGGGAACGGGGCGAACGCCAUGGCGCAUCUUCUGCGCGUCCAUCCAGCUAUGCGCGCCGUCGUGAAAACCCCCGUCCGUCACGCAUGGUGCUGUCGGAAGACGUUGGGCGCACGUCUGAACGAACCCCACGGAGAAAACCGGACGCAUUUGGAUACCUCAAUCGCACAGAGGUGCCGCGGGGCUUAGAGCGGGUACGCGAACAGAGGGAAGCACGUGGGGGUAGACAGGCAACGGGGCGCGACGAUGGCAAGAGGAGGACAAGAUCAGAUGGCUUCCAUGCCCUCAAGAUGCAGAGUUCGCUGCACCAGGUACCCUAUAGCAACCGCACCGCCAUCAAGCGUAAGAUGGAGGAAUACGACUCCUUCGACAAGUUCCCCCUCGCCGAACCCAUCCUCAGCGCCAUCAAGGACGCCCUCCCCGGCCUCGAAUAUCGCAACCCCACACCCGCCCAAGCCGUUGCAAUACCAGCCCUACUGGGCUUGCAGAAGACCGUGCGAGCAAAAGUAAAGGCAAAGCAAAGUGGACCCGACACGUUUCUUUUGGCUGCCGAAACGGGUUCCGGGAAGACGUUGGCCUACCUGCUUCCGACACUGGACGCUAUCAAGGCGGAAGAACUGCAGGAAAAGGAAGAUGCCGAAGAACAAGCGCAGAAGGAUGCCCAGAAGGCGCAGGCCGACUCACAGGACCGAAGGACCGACAUGUUCGCCGCAGAGGAACCCCAAAUUAACAAGGCAGUAGACCCAGCACGACCACGAGCCAUCAUCCUUGUUCCAUCCGCUGAACUGGUGGCCCAAGUCGGUGCCGUGGCAAAGUCGCUCUCCCACACUGUCAAGUUUCGCGCUGCGCCCAUAUCCGCCAAGAUGACUGCCAAAGUCAUUCGCAAUCAACUCUUCAAUCCCAACGGAGUCGACGUUGUUAUUAGCACACCCCCGUUGUUAGCCAGUAUCGCCGAAAGCAACCCCAACAUCCUCGCCCGCGUCACUCACCUCAUCUGCGACGAAGCAGACUCCCUCUUCGACCGCUCCUUCAAAGAAAGCACCACCGAAAUCCUCGACCGAGCCACCCCAUCGCUCAAGAAACUGCUCCUCUGCUCCGCCACCAUCCCAAAGUACCUCGACAAGUACCUCGCCGACAGAUUCCCCCGACAUGCAACGCCUCACGUAAACAAGGACCCAUACCGCGGCAACAAAAACCUCGCCUGCGCCGACACAAUCUGGCAGAUUGGCAAAGCAUCCGGCGACUACGACCCCAACGAAGGAAAAGAAGCCAUUCCCAUCAAGCGCAUCCUCGUCUUCGUCAACCAACGCGAAGACACCGAAGCCGUAGCCCAAUACCUCGUGUCAAAAGGCAUCGACGCCCUAGCCUUCCACCGCGACACGGAUCCCUCGCGCGCAGCCAAAAUCCUCAAUUCCUUCACCAGCGACAUGUUGAUCAAAGCCCCUGUGUCUGCAGAUGGCGGAGAUGUCGCUCCUCCUCCGAAACAAGAAUCGUCGAAUAAACGCACGCUGCCUAAUACAAAGGUCAUUGUAACUACGGAUCUGGGCUCAAGAGGUAUCGACACCGUGUCGGUAAAACAUGUCAUUUUGUACGAUGUACCGCAUACUACUAUUGAUUUCAUUCAUCGCCUGGGUAGGACGGGACGUAUGGGUAGGAGAGGCCGCGGUAUUGUGUUGUUGGGAGCGGGUGAUAGGGCGGACGUGGUUAGGGAGGUUAAGGAUGCCAUGUUUAGGGGUGAGGCGUUGAUCUAG